UGGCUAGUCGCGUUUCUUUUCUCAUCUACAAUUCUGCAUCAGCACAAACCACUCAGAUUGAGUUCAACGACCUGUAUCAUCUUAUCCCACCGGAACCACGAACUUAAAUCACAUGCAAUCUGGUCUGGGGGGAGGGAAGUUUCUAUCAACAUCACACGUAGCACAAAACCUCACCUCACAUCACAAACUCGGCCAAUGCCGGGCGGGUUCCAAUGGCUGCUCAAGCUCACAGGCGCUCUCGCAACGGAUGCGGGACAUGCAGAACAGCCCGUAUCAAGUGCGACGAGGCGCGCCCGUUCUGCAAGCAGUGCGAGCGUCGUGGUGUCGAGUGUGUCGGAUACCAGAUACAUCUGAAAUGGGUUGAGAUCAGCGAUAUCAGCCCGGAUAGCCAAUCUGCAAGCAAGAGCGUCAUCAAGCCGCGGAGUUCUCUGACGAUUUGUCCAUCAAAAAAGUCGGCCGCGUGUAGGAAAAAAGCGAUCCCCCCGACAUCCGUAGCACGCAAUCUGUCAGUGGGCCCGAAACUUCAUUCGUCGUCAGAUGCCUUCAUUUUCAGACACUGGGCCGACUCUUUGCCGGAUCUUGUAUAUCCCAACCCUGAAGAAUACGCUACCAUACGGCAACCAUAUCUUGCCUUUGUCUGGAAGGAAAAUUCCAUCCUUCUUCCAGCGGUUCUAGCUGCCGGGUCUGCUCAUCUUUACGCACUCGGGAAGCUCAAACAUGCAGAGACUCUCGAAAGGAAACAAAGAGCACUCUCCACAAUGGUGGCCUGCGUAAAGCAGCCAAGAACCAUAUCGAAUCCCCAGUUUCAGACGUCAUUCCCAGUGUACUUGAGUGAAGAGGCAAUUGCAGCAUCGGCAGCGCUCGUUGGCAUGGAAAUCAUGCAAGGUUCGCACACGCCGUCAAUCAUCCCUCUUCUUCGAGGCCUUAAAGCGCAAAUGCAAGAAAGACACAAUUUACGACAGAGAGUGGCUCCAAAUUGGCCAAUCGAAAAAGACACUCCAAUGAUGGCAGUGAACGUCAAGAUGAUGGCUUACAUCGACACGUUCUGCUGCGUACCUUGCGCAACACACCCAGUCUUUGACGAGCAGGCCUGGCAAGAUCUCAUCCUCCCCAAAUGUCAAGACUGCUCUGCUGCCAAUGGGCCAGACAUUGUUUUCGGCUACUCGAUGCACAUCUUGCCGGUGAUUGGAGCAGCAGCCUCGCUGGUUGACGACUUCUUCCAAACGAUGAUUACGCCCGAGGACUUUGUCUCCUCUCGAUGCCACCUCCUAGAAAAACUUGAAUCAGCUUGCUCAGAUCUUCCACCUCCUCAACAUCAGCCAGAUCCAAAUACCGAUCCAUCGGCUCCGCCAACCAGUCUCAAAAUCCGCGAUGCUAAUGCCUGUAUCGCAGCCGCCCGGGCCCACAGCCUAGCAACACAAAUCUUCCUACUCCGCGCGGACGAGGGUGACUCAAGUACCUUGUCAGCUGAACGUCCUACAAAGCAUCCCUUGGCUUUGGUAGAGCAGCUAUCCGACGCCGUUGCCGCCGUGCCGCUCGACACGCAUGCGGCGACCAUGAUGGUUUGGCCCGUGUUUGUGCUCGGCUGCGAGAGCAUGGCGGUGAGCGCACGGCGGUAUGAGGUAGAAGACCUUUUUGAGAGAAUUAUCGACAAGCAGAAGCUUCUCAAUAUCUCAGUGGCGCUCAAGAUGCUGCGGGAAAAUGUUUGGGCGGGCGGUGUGACAAACACUGCGAGCCCUGCGAGUAGUUUGUCCCCUGCAGAAGAGUCAUGUCGAUAUACACAGAAUCAGUGGGUCAAAUUGUGUUGGAAAGAGCGGCUGCAACUUUGCUCGGCAUAGGAAAGCUACAUGUACCUUACAAGUUUGCAAUGCCCGCAGAUCUCACGACUUUGCGUGCAAAUCUGGGACGCAAUAACUACAUGUACUCGUACGAGAAAUGAGAUGGAAGAUGGGAGGCAAUGUUGGACUUUUGGAUAAUGAUGAUGAUUCUAUCUAUAUUCUACAUAUUUUGAUCGCUCGAGG